AUGACUGGACGCGGUAAGGGCGGCAAGGGUCUCGGCAAGGGCGGUGCCAAGCGUCACCGAAAGAUUUUGCGAGACAACAUUCAAGGAAUCACCAAGCCCGCUAUCCGACGUCUCGCUCGUCGUGGCGGUGUCAAGCGUAUCUCUGCCAUGAUCUACGAGGAGACCCGUGGUGUCCUCAAGACCUUCCUUGAGGGUGUCAUCCGUGACGCUGUCACAUACACUGAGCACGCCAAGCGCAAGACUGUCACAUCCCUCGACGUCGUCUACGCUCUCAAGCGACAGGGACGUACCCUCUACGGUUUCGGUGGUUAA